ACUGCCACAGUGCAUCCCCCCCUCCCCCCUGAGUGCUUCACCAGUUCUCCGCUCGUUUUGCAAGCAAGCCCCCGUAGAUAUAAGCUCACAUGAAACCAACCCUAUUUUGACUUAGAAGGAUCGUGUUACAAGUCCUUCGGAGCAGUCAAAUAUAUUUUUACGCGCUUCUGGCUCAGAUAAAGCAAACCUCUGGCAAAUUUAUCGUCGCGCGCGUAGGCCUAUCCACAGCAAGCGUCUGCACGGACGUCCGCCUUCUGUUACUCGUUGAGGGCGAGAGGGUUCGACGGAAACGCUCGCCACUUCGCCUAAUCAUUCCUCAUCGCAUUCACGUGCUCCGCCGCUGACUCAGUCCGUAAACAGCGCUUCGUGGCGUCGUCACUGCAACUUGGGAGCGCGUUCGCGAUGUCAGGCGGAACUACGUACUGCGUUUCUGGAUUUGGAAAAGGCCUCGACAUGAGGCCCAUCAACUUCAAGGACACGGUUCAGAAGAUCCGAGUGUGCAGCCUGUGCAACGUUGUUCCCAACACCGUGGUUCUGCUGCCGUGCUCGCACUCGCUCUGUGAGCUGUGCUUCGACAAGUGCCUCGAAGACGGGGAACGCUGUCUGCUCGACCAAGAACGGCUGGGACAGGAAUGCGUAGAGAAGCUGACGCUUUCGGAAGAAAAACUUGCGACAUGGCAGGUGGCCUGCUGGAAUACCCCACACGGUUGCACAUUCUCGGGUUCGAGCAUCGGCGUCCUGGAUCACUUCGAGAAGCACUGCACCUUCCACGCCGUCUGCUGCUCUCGCUGCGACCACUACGUGCUUCGCAGCGACGUGGUGGGACACCUCAAGUCGGGAUGCACCGCACUCUUGAUCGAAGACGGACCAGGGACGUCCUCUAACAGGCGCGGCGGUACAUCGGUCAAUGACGUGGGAAAAGCGAUCGGUGAAAUGAGAGAUGCCGUUGGAAAAAUGAAUGACGAGCAGCUCCACCUCCAGAGUAGCCUGAAUGACCUCCUAGAAAGUACUCACUAUCAAACAGCUGAAUUCGCGAGGGUCUUUGAACAGAUGGGUGCAGUUCGGUCUUCAGUUCUUAGCGGUCUCGAAACGACCAAAGCCAAUUGUCAAGAGCAAAUACUCAGACUGGGGGAGAACCUGUCAUCUCAGUUGAUGGACAUUGCGCGUAGUGUGCGUCAGCUGAGGUCCAGAAUUAUUCACUGGUACCUCGAAGGGUGGGAAAAAAUAAAGGAAGAAACGCUGGUGAAGCCGUUUGCCUACGCGGAGAGUGAAGUGCAGUCGCUGUACGGGUACGCAGUCUCUCAGAACAUAGAGAUGAAAAAGCAAGGUGAGCGGCUGAGAUUGCAUUCCUUCAUGAGAAUUCACGCGAGCCAGAACGACGACGACCUUGAGUGGCCCUUUAAGUACGACUGCCACGUGGGUCUCAUUCACCCGAGAACUCACUCUAAAAUUUUGGCCAGAGUUCACGCAAACAAACCGGAGCAUCGGGAGAACUUCAAGAGGCCAGUAGGAACGCGAAACACGGGCUUGGGAUCCUUCUUGGAAACCGUAGAUUCAAUCGAAAGUCGAGGGUUUAUCGAAAACGACAGACUCCACUUGUUCGUGGAAAUUGUACCGUGAAUUUUUGCUAAACAGGGACGCUUCAUUUGAAAGCGAUUGUUGACCUAUGGCUAGGCACUUCAAGAGUCGUGAAUGAGUUAAAGCGCGAAAUUAUGAUCUAUUAUGUUUUCGCUGAUAUACCAAGAACACAAAAAUGCAAAUAAAAAGUAUAAGUGGA